AUGGCGGCGCCCAGUGGGAGGAGCGGCCGGAGGCUGUGGGCCGCGCUGGUGCCCGCCGCCCUGCUGUGCCUGGCGGUCCGGGCGGCGGAGGAAGCGAGCACGGCCGACUUCGACGUGCGGCCCGGCGGGGAGGUCCACCCCUUCUCCCGGAGCCUGGGUGAUUACACCUGCACCUUCACAUACUCAGCUCAGGGAGGAACGAACGAGCAAUGGCAGAUGAACAUCGGAGUCAGCGAAGACAACCUGCUCUUCUCCUGCUCUGUCUGGAGGCCCCAAGGGAAGUCUUAUCUCUUCUUUACCCAGUUUAAAGCUGAAGUGAAAGGAGCCAAGAUAGAGUAUGCCAUGGCUUACUCUCAAGCUGCAGUGGGUGGACAAAGUGACGUCCCCUUAAAACAGGAAGAAUUUGAAGUCACCGAAACAACAGUGUCUCACAGGGAUGGCAAGUUCCGGUUUGAACUGUCCAAACUCAUGAUUGUAGCAAAAACGCCCCGUGACGAGCUGUGA